CACAUCUGUAUGCCAUCAUAUUAUUUCACUAUUUUUUUGCUUGAAUUGCUCAAGUCUUUUGAUAUGCCUAUCCCUGUUUUCACGUUUCUUUGUGAUACGUCACAGAAAUACUUCUGGAUUAGAUUGUUGGAACCGUUCUGCUCAGUAGGCAUUCAGGCUGUUUAUAUCUAUUCUCAGCCAUAAACUAAUAGAUCUUUCAGCACACAGGAUAGAGUUUUCUAGAGAAUAUUUGACCCAAAUUUUUUAUAGGUGCUCAUAGGAAGACCCUGUGACAGACUAGCAUAAUCUUAAGCCUGGUAGGACCAGUGGGAUGGUCUGAUAAUGAAACUCCUCCGGAAAGAUAUUUACUAUACAAAACAUUUACUUUGUAUAGGCCUGACACUGUCUCCUUCCCCAGUAAAAUAACUUGAAAAAACAAAGCACUAGUCAGCAACUGAAGAAAAGAUCAUUAGUAGGUCAUGGUAACCCAUUCCUGAAAGAAAGCAUCACCCACAUCAGACAGUCCCCGAGUGCGGCAUUCGGCGGAAAAUACAUAGUUUAUAGGAGCUCACUUUCAUCGAACCUCUAUAAAAUACUAUUCCAACCCAAUCCUUGGGGGUAAUAUUAAAGCCACUCUACCUUCAAAAUAUUUGAAAGAAGACACCCAUCUUCAAUCCACCAUUAAUGCACUGUUCCCUUAAAACCCUACAUCCAUACCUUCAAUGUGUCCCACCCAUACCAGUUUUAUAAACUCCUGUACACAAUUCUCUUCACACCCCAAAAGCCCGAGUCCCCCCUCCUUUCACCCCUUAGACCAAGCCCCAUUUUUUUUUUUCCCGGUUAUCUUGAGUGGCUCUAUUCCAUAAUCUCUUGACAUGGCCUCUGGAGCUGGCUCUCCCUGCGGUGCAUGCAAGUUCCUCCGCCGGAAGUGUGCAUCGGACUGCAUCUUUGCUCCAUAUUUCAACUCUGACCAAGGCCCAGCCCGGUUUGCAGCUAUCCAUAAGAUAUUCGGUGCCAGCAAUGUGUCCAAGCUCUUGUUGCAUGUACCUCUUCCUGACCGAUGUGAAGCUGUUGUUACCAUUGCUUACGAGGCCCAGGCCAGGAUCAGAGACCCUGUCUAUGGUUGUGUUGCACACAUCUUUGCUCUCCAACAACAGGUAGCAAUCUUGGAAGCACAGCUAAUGCAACUGAAAGCACAAUUGGCUCAUACAAUUGCAGGGUCACAAUUGUCAGGUGAUCAGUGGCAAGGGAACAUCGCCAAUCCACGUCUCCAAGCAUACUCAAAUAUGCAGACCCUGUAUCCCAAGAGGUCUUUCGAUUGCGUGGAUUAUAGUUCUGAUGGAAUGGUCAUGCAAGAGAUGGGCUCUGAGGAGGAUCUCCCUACCCAGCAUUGCACCAAGAGGAGGGCACCGCACAAUGAGUUAGGGGAACUUCAAGCUUUGGCUCUCAGGAUCAUGGGGAGCUGAUCCUCAUUCGCAUGAUGUGAUAAGAAGUGCUUACUGCUUAACUGCUUAGUGUACAUAAAUCUUAAGUAAUAUAGGGUGGUUCGAAUGGAGAAUCUAAUGUUGCUGUUUAGAUAUCUUCCAACCUUCAAAGCUCCUUGUUCUCAACUUUCCAAGAUUAGGUCUUUCUCCAAUAAUGAUUCUUUGGAGUCGGCUCGACAUGAAUGGGUCCUUCAAAGUUGAUGUGUAGUGGAUUUACAUCCAUUUUUCUGUGAUGAAUAGUAAUGGAAUCAGGAUGUUGCUAGUUAUUUGGCAUGCCUUCCAGGUUUUACCCAAGUUAAAUGCUAUAGUAAGUGGCAAUUUAACAGUAAUACAUGUGAACAACUUAAAUGUUUCUAUUCUGUGUUUAAGAAACAGAAAGCAUCAAGCUCCAAGGAUUUUAGUUCCUCCUGCAUCAUUAGCUUCACAGUUGAGCUUAAUUUUCUUUUCUAUAUUAUUAUUAUUAUUUUAUUUUAUUUUAUUAAAGACUCUAGACUUUCAAGCACUCAAGGCCCAGAUUUUUGAAGUACAAACU